AUGGACGCGUUGUCCACGGCCGCUCUACCAUCCUAUACGCCGCAUCGGAUCCCUAACCUCUCACAUCGAAAAAUCAUGUCCUUACGCAACGCCCGCAAUAGUACUACUAUGACAGUAACACUUUCGGGCUCUAUAAACGCGGGUAACAUGAACAACACGCUCUUUCCUGCGCCGAAUUGCUCCGCUUCUGCGUCGUACUCGAAUAGGCACUGCCUCCGCUUCAAAUCCGUCUUCUCGUCCUUGAUCUGCCGUUUGUCGCCUAUCGCUCUAGACAUUUCCAUGCUCUCUCGGGCGUAUAUCAAUCCGGCGACGUGUGGUGAAUGCGCCGCUUGCUCGUCGGCCGCCUCCCCUAUCAUAUUCUCCUUCUGCUACUCCGCAUUCUUAUCCCCCUCGUCCCCUUAGAACUAGGUCGCCCCCCGCACCCACUAUCGACUGAUAGUAAUGGCGAUCUCGCGGUACGCGGCCACGUGGAUGGGUUGCCCUAACGCCGCGCUGCUUACCCGCUGUAACUCCUCC